UCCCUUCAAAGGUAUGUGUGGCUAUCUGCUAACCAAAAUGAGGUUAAAGACAUACUUGGAGUUAACCCUGUACACGUUGCACGAUUAUAUAAGGAUUAAGCAGAGUUUUAAUUCUUUCCAAGGAAACACGUCAAAAUGGUAGGGAGCUUGCUGAAUUUCCUGGCGUUUUCUAUAACGAGCAGACUUUUGUCCGUCGUAGAAUUGGAGACCCCAUGUUAAAAACAUAUAUCUUUCACUGGGUUGCUGUUAAAUAGCUUGAGUAGUAUUUACCGUUCCCAUCUAUUAUAUUAAAUACAGCAUUGCACAUGAUACACCUCCAGAGAUUUAGGGGCCUGUGGGUAACAAUGUAGGCAGCAUACAGUAUACAUCCUCAAUCUUGCCUGACUCUGUUGGCGAGUCUAAUAAACAGGAGAUUUAGAAACUAUUGUUGUAAUCCAAAAGUGGGGGCAAAGGAAGGUGAGGAGUCCCUCUCUUAAUUCAGAGGUGAAGUUUACAGCAGCUAGAGGAGGAUAUCAGUCAGCAGUAUGCUACUGAUGUUAUUUUGCUGCAGUAAUGUGGUCUCUAAGGGAACCUGUGCUUGAUGCAUAUACUACACAGCUAGGCUUUCCUGUAGCCCACUGCCUGCCUCUCUGCUGCUAGUUCUUUUAAAUGGAGGCUACUGCUGAUCCAGCAAGCAGAGUGCUGCACACAUGUACAUCUUCCUCCGCCGUUUAGUGGCGUCAACUUAUUAAUUUCUUGCCUUCCAACUUUGGAUCCAUUGUGUUCCUGUCUGAAAACAUUAUGACUUCUGUCUGUGUGGCAAAAUAAUUAGCAUACAAAUGAGGAGCAAUUCCUGUCUCUUGUACCUCGGGAAAUGCACACACAGAGAGAAGAUGUGCACUGGAAAAAGUUGACUGGGUGAAUGGCAAACAAAUGGUGGACAUUCGGAAGCCCUGCAAGAGUUUGUGUUGUUAGCGUGAAGCUGGUUUGUCACAGAUUUCUGGGUGAAUAUCUCGAAGAUGGAAAAGCAGGGUGGCUGGUGUUUGAAAUGAUUGCUUGACGGUGUGGCCUACUUGAAAGUGCAAAGUUGGACUGCAUGCAUAGAUAAUUCAUUUGGACUACUUUGUUUUGCAAUUUUCCUGCGUUCCAUUUGAUAGCCCAUAAAGAAAAUGAAUUUGAAGGAAAAUUGGUGAAUCCAACCCAGUGGAUUUGGUAGACUUGGAGAACAGAGUCUGGACCAAAAAACAAUUAUCCUGCUAAACGAUUUCAGUGCUUCAGAGAAUGCUCAACACUGGUCCAAGCUGCUUCAUUUCAUACAUGAUGGAGGUGGAUGCAGACGAGAAGCGCCAUCGCACACGGUCCAAAGGUGUUCGAGUUCCCGUGGAACCAGCCAUACAAGAGCUGUUCAGCUGCCCUACUCCUGGCUGUGAUGGCAGUGGUCAUGUUAGUGGCAAAUAUGCAAGACACAGAAGUGUUUACGGCUGUCCUUUGGCAAAAAAGAGAAAGACGCAAGAGAAGCAACCCCAAGAACCGGCUCCUAAAAGAAAAUCAUUUGUAGUUAAAACGGACAACUCUUCAGUAGAUGAAUGCUAUGAAACAGAUGGAACUGAGGAAAUGGAUGAUAAGGAAGAGGAAGAAGAGGAGGAGGAAGAGGAAUAUUCUGAUGAUAAUGAGGAGCAAGUUGAUGAUGACGAGGAGGAGGAGGAUGAAGAAGUAGAUCGGGAUGAGGAGGAGGUUGAGGAGGAGGAGGAAGAGGAGGAGGAAGAGGAAGCAGACGAAGCAGAGGACGAUGAAGAGGAGGAGGAGGAGGAAGAAGAGGAAGAAGAGGAAGAAGAAAGUGAAAGAAAUCUCCGGUGGAGGAGCUCCAGGAACAGAUGUUCCAAGGCACCAUUUAGCCUAUAUCAUAUGAAGACAUUCAAGAUGGCUUGUGCUCCAGAAGACCAUCAAAUGAAUUGUCACAAUACUCGAAUGCAAGACACAGAAAAAGAUGAUAACAAUAAUGAUGAGUAUGAUAAUUACGAUGAACUGGUGGCGAAGUCAUUGUUAAAUCUUGGCAAAAUUGCAGAGGAUGCAGCUUACAGAGCCAGGACAGAAUCAGAAAUGAAUAGCAAUACAUCUAAUAGCCUGGAAGACGAUAGCGACAAAAAUGAAAAUGUUGGUCGUAAGAGUGAGCUGAGUUUAGAUUUAGACAGUGACGUUGUUAGGGAAACUGUGGACUCGCUGAAAUUGUUAGCACAAGGACAUGGUGUAGUGCUUUCAGAAAACGUUAAUGACAGAAAUUAUGCAGACGGUAUGUCUCAGCAAGAAAACAGGAAUAUGAACUAUGGGAUGUUGGGGAAGCCUACCAACAAUGGGCUUACAGAAAAAAUGGUGGAAGAGAGCGAUGAAGAAGUAUGUCUCAGCAGCCUGGAAUGUUUGAGGAACCAAUGUUUUGAUUUGGCCAGGAAACUCAGCGAGACAAACCCGCAGGAAAGGAAUCAACAGCAAAACAUGAAUUCUCGCCAACAUGCCCGGCAAGAAGAUGAUUUCCAAGGAAGGACCUCUGAUAGGAAUUAUUCUGAUAUGAUGAACUUAAUGAGGCUUGAAGAACAGUUGAGCCCCAGAUCUAGAACUUUUUCUAGCUGUGCAAAAGAGGACGGGUGUCACGAAAGAGAUGACGACACCGCCUCUGUAACUUCAGAUAGGUCGGAGGAGGUAUUUGAUAUGACGAAAGGAAACUUAACGCUGCUUGAGAAAGCGAUUGCUUUAGAAACAGAAAGAGCAAAAGCCAUGCGGGAAAAAAUGGCAAUGGAAGCUGGAAGGAGGGAUAAUAUGAGAUCCUAUGAGGAGCAGUCUCCAAGACAGCUUUCUGGAGACGACAGGAAGUCUAAGUCCAGUGACGGCCAUGUCAAAAAGCCAUAUUAUGAUCCCUCAAGAACAGAAAAGAAAGAAAGCAAAUGUCCUACCCCUGGGUGUGAUGGAACUGGCCAUGUAACGGGGCUUUACCCCCAUCACCGCAGUUUGUCAGGAUGCCCACACAAAGAUAGGGUCCCUCCAGAAAUUCUUGCCAUGCAUGAAAACGUUCUUAAGUGUCCUACACCAGGCUGCACAGGCCGAGGCCACGUAAAUAGCAACAGGAAUUCUCACAGAAGCCUCUCGGGAUGUCCUAUUGCUGCAGCAGAGAAACUGGCUAAAGCUCAAGAGAAGCAUCAGAGCUGUGAUGCAUCCAAAUCAAACCAGGCAUCAGAUCGUGUCUUGAGGCCCAUGUGUUUUGUUAAGCAGCUGGAGAUCCCUCAGUAUGGCUACAGAAACAAUGUCCCCACCACAACGCCCCGCUCCAACUUGGCCAAGGAACUAGAGAAAUAUUCUAAGACUACGUUUGAAUAUAACAGUUAUGACAACCAUGCAUAUGGCAAGAGAGCCAUAGCUCCCAAGGUGCAAUCAAGGGAUAUUUCUCCCAAAGGAUAUGAUGCAAAACGUUACUGUAAGAACUCCAGCCCAACUAGCAGCACAACAAGCAGUUAUGCCCCUAGCAGCAGCAGCAAUAUGAGCUGUGGAGGAGGCAGCAGCGCCAGCAGUACCUGCAGCAAGAGCAGCUUUGACUAUACCCAUGACAUGGAAGCAGCGCACAUGGCUGCUACUGCUAUACUGAACCUUUCCACUCGUUGCAGGGAGAUGCCUCAGAACCUCUCCACUAAACCUCAGGAUCUCUGUUCCAGGAACCCUGAUAUGGAAGUUGAUGAAAAUGGAACGUUAGACUUGAGCUUGAACAAGCAGCGGCAACGAGAUGGCUGUUGCACCAUUUUGACGCCCCUAGAACCAAUGUCGCCUCAACAACAGGCUGUGAUGAAUAACAGGUGUUACCAGCUGAGUGAGAGUGACUGCUGGGAUUUGCCGGUGGACUACACAAAAAUGAAGCCUAGUAGGAUAGAUGAAGAUGAUUCAAAAGAAAUCAGUCCAGAAGACUUAGAUCCUUUCCAAGAGGCGCUAGAAGAACGAAGGUACCCUGGCGAAGUCACGAUCCCAAGCCCUAAGCCCAAGUAUCCUCAGUGCAAAGAGAAUAAAAAGGAUUUAAUAACAUGUCCAACACCAGGGUGUGAUGGGAGUGGUCAUGUGACUGGUAAUUACGCCUCACAUAGAAGUCUGUCUGGCUGCCCGUUGGCUGACAAAAGUAUUCGAAGUAUGCUGGCCACAAGCUCACAGGAACUCAAGUGUCCCACACCUGGUUGUGAUGGCUCUGGGCAUAUUACUGGAAAUUAUGCUUCACAUCGAAGUCUUUCUGGUUGUCCACGAGCAAAGAAAAGUGGGAUCAGGAUAGUACAAAGCAAAGAAGACAAGGAAGAUCAAGAGCCAAUUAGAUGUCCAGUUCCUGGUUGCGACGGUCAGGGUCAUAUAACCGGGAAAUAUGCAUCUCACCGUAGUGCAUCAGGAUGCCCUCUAGCUACUAAAAGGCAAAAGGAUGGGUAUUUGAAUGGCUCCCAGUUUUCUUGGAAGUCAGUGAAGACGGAAGGUAUGUCAUGUCCGACCCCAGGAUGUGAUGGUUCAGGACAUGUCAGUGGUAGUUUUCUUACACAUAGGAGUCUAUCAGGAUGCCCCAGAGCUACGUCGGCAAUGAAGAGAGCAAAGCUGUCGGGAGAACAAAUGCUUACAAUAAAGCAGAGGGCUAGCAAUGGUAUAGAAAAUGAUGAAGAAAUUAAACAGUUAGAUGAAGAAAUAAAGGAAUUAAAUGAAUCCAACUCCCAGAUGGAAGCUGAUAUGAUAAAACUCCGAACUCAGAUUACCACCAUGGAGAGCAACCUGAAGACGAUAGAAGAAGAAAACAAAGUAAUUGAGCAACAAAAUGAGUCGCUCCUUCACGAAUUGGCUAAUUUAAGCCAAUCUUUAAUUCAUAGUCUAGCUAAUAUCCAGCUACCGCAUAUGGAACCAAUCAAUGAACAAAAUUUUGAUGCUUACGUGACCACUUUGACGGACAUGUAUACAAAUCAAGAUCGUUAUCAGAGUCCAGAAAAUAAAGCCCUACUGGAAAAUAUAAAACAGGCUGUGAGAGGAAUUCAGGUGUGAGCAGCUGCUGUAGUGGUGAAAAAAAUCUUACCUUUAAAAAAAAAAUGAUGCCUCUUGUUUUUUGCUGCUGUAAUUUACCAGAAAGUGUUAUAUAUUUCUUUCUGUUUAAAACAGUGUUAUGCUUACAAGACUUCAUGAUAAUUUUAUGUCUUGCUUUAAAGAUAGUAACUGCAGAAUAGUUUUUUGAAUACAUUCACAUUUUGUACGUUUUCAUAUAAGCUGACAUAGUGUGAUAUGCCAUGUAAUGUUUAUAGCUGCUAAUGUAUGCACAUUUUUGGGGUAAAUAUAUUUCUGAAGAGGUAAGCUGAUCAAAAUAGAGUGUAAAUUCUUUUUAAUGCUUUAGUGAUUAAAUGUUUUAGUAUUUUGAACUGAAAUGGACAAAAAAGAAAAGAAAAAAGAAAAUCCGCUUUGAAUGACAAUGUUGCAGUCUGCGGCCACUUUUUAGACACUCUCAUUUUGUCUCAUUGCUGGAGGAUUUUAUGGGAUUUAAGAAAUUACAUUUUGUGUGCAUAUUGUUUCAUAGCAAGAUUUGGUUGCCAAAAAUGCUUUAUUUUUGAACAAUGCUUGAAAUAUUGUGUGACUUUUGUUUUCAGAGGAUGGUAUGUGGCGGGGGGCAAUAAAAAGAAGGGUUUUUUGUUUUGUUUUGUUUUGUUUUUGUUUUUAAUUCCAAGCAAAGGGCAUGAAUUAGAUGUGAGAUGUAAAAGGAGUAAUUUAUUGUAAGACAACAUCAAGCCAUGGAAACUUGAGAGAGAAGAUUCAAAGCAGCUUAAACAGCACUUUUUAAUUAACUUCUAAGCAUUACAUGGUAUGAAUAUGGGAACCUCCAUAAUGACAGGAGCUCUAUCAGAGGUGGACAACAUGAAGAUAUCAACUUUUCUUUUCAAAUACACUUUGGAGCCAACAUCCUCUGUUUCUCCAGGACUCCUAGAGUUUCCCUCUGAGUUAUCUGUUAUAGCAUUGUAGUUCAUCUUUCAGAAGUUCAGUCUUUCCUUCCUAAUACAAAGGCAAUAGUUUCAAAGAAAUAUUGCCAUUAAAAAAAAGUUUUUAAUUUGGGAAUGAACCCCUAAGUUUUAUCUUUACAGUAGUUACUGGCCUGGAUUCAUUGCUACCCUGCGUAGGAAAUAGAAUGCAGUUCAGUUAACCUGGUUUUUUUUACCUUGUUCCCUUUUUUUUACUGUUUUGGUUCUGGGGUUACGGUUAUUAUUUUUAUUUUUUGGCGUACAAUCAUUAUUCCUGUGGCAUUUCCAUAUGCUAUCUAUUUGUUCUACUGUUACCUAUUGCAAAAAAUAAAUAAAAAUAAAUGAAUGAAUGCAAUCAGAAAAUUUAAUGUAACUAAAUAUACUUUGGCACUUUUUGCUUUAAAUUGCAUCAUUUCAAGCUAAAAAAAAAAGACGUAUUGUACUUUUCAGAUUUGAUUGUUAUUUCUUCAAAAUAACUGCACUAUAUGUAUGCAUAAGACCACUUUUCCUUGCGGCAUUUUUUUUGUUUCCCCCCCUCCCAUUUAAAUUAGUAAUUCAGAUGGCGUGUCGUGUAUGUCGGAUGUUGAAUUGAUUUCAAUUUGAUAGCAUAUCUUUUCCUUCCAUGUCUUGAUGUUAUGCAGAAAGUACAAAAGUACUUUGAAAAAAUUUUGUUAUGAAAAAAAUAAAUAAAAAAGAUGGGUUUUGUAAAAAAUAAAAAAAUAAUAAUAAUAAAUAAAAUAAAAUAUUUUUAGCAGAACAGGACUUACAGGGUCAUUGUCCCCACAAUGUGCCAGUUGACUAUUUGCACUUACCUUGCCCUAUAUAUCCAUACGGAGGUGUGCAAUCUCGUGUGUCAUUCGCUUUGUGACACUAAAUUUGAACAAAUUAGAGUGGAAGCCGACGUGGGCUCGUCCAAUAAUAUUUGCUACAGGGAUCUCACAACAAAUAUUCUGAUACAAUACUCAACCUCGGUAUAUAUAUAUAUGUAUAAAUAUAUGUAUAUCCCAGCGGCACUUUAUACUAUUCACUGUACAAAAAGCUUACAGUUUUUUCCACGAGGACUUUAAUAACUAGCUGGGAGAAGAUUAUGUAAUUACUUUGGGGGCUCUGCAGUGUCUUCUUCUGUAUAGUGCCCUCCUUUUUCUGUUGUGCUAUUAGUUGUAGCUGCCAUGCUUAGAAUUGCCUUUUUGAGAGCUGAAGCAAGGUGCUUGUCGUUCACCUUCUGCCAUAUAUAUUGUACUUUUUGCCCUAGCCUCCUUUUAGGGCUCUCAUUGUUCAUAAGGGCAUAUGCAUUUUUUUCCCACUGCAUUGUGUCUGCCGCUUCUUUGCCAAUAUAGUAAUGCUUUCCGUAGAGUAAUAGAUAGUAUCAGUUUUGGAUUCUUAUCGUUAUCACCUAUGUACAAUGGGAAAAAGGGAUUUUAAGCACAAAUCCGCGCUGCUCAUCUAAUGUUGGUACAUAAUAUCAAAUCAAAAGAUAUCUGUGACUAUUAUAUAGGGAUCACACACAAAAAAGUGUCACAUAUUAGAAUGCUGACCUUUCAUCUGAAAUUAUUGUGAGUCAUCAGAGUUUUAUUUAUUCUAACUUAUUGUUCAUUUUUCUUGCGUUUGAUUUAAGUGCUCAUUUAUUAAGACAGAAUUUUGUAUAAACUACUUAUUGUGCUCUCUGUGGAACUGAGGUUUGAUUUAUUUUUGUACUACACGGCAUGGGUUUGUUGACAUUUUAAUUUUGCUAUAAAUGUGUGAAAUCACAAGUUGCUGUGAUAACUUCAUUUUUAAAUUGUGAAAUUUGUACAAAUUUUGUCAUGCUGGAUGUGAACACAU